AUGAUAGCACUCAAGUGUAAUUCUAUAUUUGGGCACCAGGAAUAUUUUACAUCUGUGCCACGUAGGGUCUAUUAUGACGAAAGACGCUCAAGUUUAAUAGCGUUUAUAGCCGGGUUACUAGCUAGCAAGGGUUAUAAUCCCAGUUGGAGGCAUGACUUCAAAAAUAACACACACGCCCAAUGUGUCAAGCAAAAACAACAACCACUCGGGGCACAUCCAGAAGAUGUUGUGAGACAAUAUCAGUCGGGAUCUUCUUCUUCAGUUUCAGAAGUGAUGUCGGAUGGCAAUAACAUGGAGAUUAACUUUAAAGACGAUGUUGAUGUCGAGGAUCCAGUUGAAGCCGGGGACUUACCUCUUUUUGCUGUUGAUUCUGAAAGCGGGGAUGAGGAUGUUAUCGAAGCAGUCGUUUUUGAUAUUUCUGACGACGAAUCUGAAGAUGUUAUGGGUUAGUAUAAAAAUUUUUCUUCGUCUGAUGUUUCAGCCGAUCCCACUCAUGCUUUCAAUGCUUUGUUUGCUGUCUUGUUUAUAUCCAAAUAUGUUGUCAAUUCCACUGGUACUGUCCUGCUGAAUGUUUCCAACGAAGUAUUGGCGCACUUUGGAGAGUCUUUCUGUAUUCCCCUCAAUAUAAACGGUGUGGACUCUAUGACCGGUCUCAGCGACGUGACUCGAGGUGUCAAGCGAUUUGUGGCAUGUGUCGAUUGGAAAGAGAUUGGAGAGGUAGAACGGUUCCAAUGGUCAGAAUUGCAUGACCUGGUUUACUUUAACCUCGUCGAGUGCACUGUCAUCGAUCCGAUGCACAACCUGUACCUCGGAACAGCAAAGAGGAUAAGGGAGAAAUGGAAAUCUUCAGGUCUCAUCACAGAUACACACUUGGCCGAAAUGCAGUUGGAUGCUGACAAUCUUGUACUACCAGAGGACUACACACCAUUAGGGACAAAGAUCGGGCGUGGCUUCCCAUUCAUGAAGGCCGAUGAGUGGAAGUCUUGGUGCUUGGUGUACUCUCCUGUUCUCCUGCGUGGUCGUCUGCCUGAAGCUCAUAUCGGUAACUGGACAACGUUCGUCAAUGCAUGCCAGUACCUCUCAAUGCCAAGCAUAUCCGUGGCUCACCUUGAUGAAGCCCAUCAAUCUUUGGAGGCUUUCUGCAGAGAGUGCGAGAAGUUGUAUAAAGCCCCAUUCCUUUCACCAAACAUGCAUCUCCAUCUUCAUCUGCGAGAGACUGUACUGAACUUUGGCCCGGUUUAUGGCUAUUGGCUUUUUAGUUUCGAAAGAUGCAAUGCCACUUCCACUUCCACUGCCACCUCAAUCCAAUUCGAUAUCAAUGCUUUUCUUGAUUCUCCUGAGAUCAACUUUGAUAUCGUCAAGGGAAACGAGCCUUUGCCCCCUUCCGCACUUCCUUUAGCUCUAAAGGGGGAGAUUUCCAUGGAUGAAUCCGAGUAUGAGCAUUUGUUGGAAUACUAUCGCGAGACAUACGAUGAUCAAACUCUUGUUCAUUAUCGUCAGGCUGGUCAUUCCGAUAAUUUUGUUAGCAAUCGGAUACAGAAGUUUGAAUCAAUCAAUCUUCUUGGGCAAAUCUACAAGAGCAAAACGAAGAAUCAGCGUGGAUCGUUCAUGCAAGCCUUGUUUGAGACAAGUGAUGGUAGAAGUACCAAGCCAUACGCAGACCAGAUUCAGUACCUCUUUGUCAAUACUGCCGUAAACUCGUUUGCUGGUCAUGCGAGCCAGCAUGUAUUUGCACAUGUAUGA